UCGUAGCAAAAAAAUUCUCUUUGGGAAAUCUCGUAAAAUUAGGUAUGAGAACCCAGUGACAAUGCUUUUUGGGGGGACGAGCUGUGGAGAUCAAUCAAUUAUGUUUCGAGUUCGAAUACUGACUCAACCUGGAAAGGCCCUGAUCCCAUUUCGUCAUUAUCCGGUAUGCGGCCCUCAAUCGAAGAUGUGGAAGCUGAUUCUCAGCCAAAGAGCACCUGAUCGAUUUCCUAUUGGAGGUUGGAAUAUAAACACUCAAGAUGUGGAUGACUCACUACAUAGCCAAUUCAACAGACUUCGAGAUUAUAGUUGCAAGGGAACACUAUACCAUUUCCGCCUUACAUACCCUGAGUUGGGAACUUACAAUGAAUGGUACCAGACCAACGACCCAUCCAAUCAAACACAUGGUUCUGUCUCUGGUUACGUCGGUGUCGCUUUGGGUUUACCCAAUAAUUUCAGUGGUUUGGUGUUUAACAAUGUGGAUGCUUUGGCAAUGGGGGAUUCGAACAAUGCACAUCCACAAUGGUUUUCCAUUGGCAGAAUUAAGACCGACACGGCCAAUGGAAGCAUUCCUGGUCCACCCAACACGUUUGUCUCACGAGUCCAGCUUUUCAUAAGAGAUGAUUGUGCCUCAAUCAAGUGAUCUGGCUCAAAAGGAAGCAGGCAUGCACCUGGAGAACAAGCUUGAUUUGAAAUGGCCGUUAAAGAAAGGGAACAUGAACAUUUGAUUUGCUUACGCUCCUAAAUGGUCAAGAAUAAACUGUU